AUGAUGAAAUUGGUUUCUCUUUCUGACAUCAAUCAUGGGUUUGUCCCCAAAAAGCCAACUGAUUUGUUUGUGAAACCGAGAUUCAGAAGCUUCCCAGAGACGUUCCAUAUCACAAGAUCAACGGUGUUUGACUCAAGUGCACGAGAGAAUCUGAAUGCUAAAAGAAGAAGAGAUCACCUUAGAGUUGGGCCAAUCUUUUGCAAGAGCUAUGGAGAUACAUCAAAAGUGUAUCAAGAAGAGGAAAUUCCCAAAGCAAAACUGAUAUGGAGAGCAAUCAAACUACCUAUUUACUCUGUUGCUUUGGUUCCUCUUACGGUUGGUGCUUCAGCUGCUUAUUUGGAGACUGGAUUAUUCCUUUUUAGACGUUAUGUUACUCUAAUGCUCUCAUCGAUACUUAUUAUUACUUGGCUCAACCUAAGCAAUGAUGUUUAUGAUUUCGAUACUGGAGCUGAUAAGAACAAGAAAGAAUCAGUAGUAAAUAUGGUUGGAAGCCGGACAGGAACCUUAGCCGCUGCAGUAACAUCGCUCGUGCUCGGCGUUUCUGGUCUAGUUUGGACAUCUUUGAUAGCAAGAAACACUCGUGCAAUACUAUUGCUUGCCUCGGCUAUAACAUGUGGCUAUGUAUAUCAGUGUCCACCAUUUCGGUUAAGUUACCAAGGAUUAGGAGAGCCUCUAUGUUUUGCAGCAUUUGGUCCAUUUGCUACUACUGCUUUCUAUCUACUUCUUGGUAGCUCAAGCGAGAUGAGUCGUGUUCCUUUGAGCAGUAGGGUGUUUUCAUCAUCUCUCCUUGUUGGUUUCACCACAUCUCUCAUCCUUUUCUGCAGCCACUUUCAUCAGGUUGAAGGAGAUUUAGCUGUGGGGAAAUUUUCACCUCUGGUUCGGGUUGGGACUGAAAGAGGAGCUUUUGUAGUGAGAUGGGCUAUUCGUUUGCUUUAUUCGAUGCUUCUUGUUCUUGGUUUAACCAAGAUUUUGCCAGUAACUUGUACAUUGAUGUGUUUCCUUACUUUACCAGUUGGGAACUUGGUUUCAAGCUAUGUCGAAAAGCACCACAAGGAGAAUGAGAAAAUAUUCAUGGCCAAGUAUUAUUGUGUGAGACUCCACGCAUUGUUUGGAGCCGCCUUGUCGUUGGGACUCGUCAUCGCUCGCUAG